UCCAGGGCUAGUUAGUACUGCUAGCCUAGUAGUAUAUAAACAAACGGGUAUAAGCAUGUAUGAUCUUACAAACCCUCACCAUCAUUUCCUUCUUUUUUUGAACAACUCCUCACCAUUAUUUCCAAAACCAAAAUUCAGGAGCUUUUCUUCAUUUUUCUUCUUAUUUUCUUUGUAAACCAUGGGUCGGUUUUCGUUUUUGAAUCUUCUGAAGGAGGUUGUGGGUAUGUUAAACGAAUCCCGCAAACUCUUUCUCAAGAACAAGAAGUUGAUGUUCUCUGUCUUGGUGUUUUCUCUCUUGCUCAAUGGUUUAGUUUACUUGUUCAACAUCCUUACCAUUACACUCGAGAUAACAAACUUGACUCAACAUUUAAAGUUGUUACCUACGAUGGAUCCAAGCAGUGCGGAAUACAUAGCCCUACUUAUGGAAGUUUUUGCAGAUUUUGGCCUAUUUGGUGUUUCUUCAGACAUCUUUGGCGUUGUCUACUUCAUCAUCAACCUUUUAUCCGUUCUAGUCAUCGUCCACGCUUCGGCUCUUACUUAUAAUGAUGAGAACGUCAACUGCAAAGAUUUUGUGGUUCUGUCCCUUAAAUCUUGGAAGGGACCUCUUGUGACCUAUUUCUACAUUUGUCUCUUCAGUCUUGGCUAUUGGUUGUUCUUCGUUACAAUCCUUUUUCCUCUCCUUUUGUUAAGUACUGCUUCCUUGAUUUCAUUCGCAGUCGUGACCUGCGUUUUGCUUGUUCUGUUCGCAUUGUUUGCGUCCUAUCUAGCUAUCGUCUGGUACCUAUCUUUGGUCGUAUCGGUACUCGAGGAAACUUAUGGGAUACAAGCGUUGGGGGAAGCUGUAAAGAUUGCUAAAGGGAUGAAGCCAAAACUAUUACUCUUGAAUCUUUUCUUCGGUUUAUUGAUCUUCGGUUUAGCUCAGAUCGAGACUCUAGUGAGUCUAGUGAUGUCAACAUUUGUGGUGAUGUUUGUACUUCUGACUUAUACCGUUGCAUUUUUCCAAUGUAAGGGCCACCACGGCCAAGACGUUGAGUCGCUGAGGGAUGCUGAAUAUACGACACUACCAACUACUUCGCUUAUAGGAGCAUUGCCUUGAAAACUUUAAAGAGACAGACAUGAUAUGUUAAUAGUCUCGUGAAUGGAUUGCUUGUUUUUGUUUUGUUUUGUUUUGGGAUUUAGUAAAGUAUUGUAAAAAAGCAUAUUCCCACGGUCCGUUCCUUCUUUCUAGGAGCCACCAAAACAUAUUAAUAUAAUUAAUUAUCUUAAAAUAGUUAAAUUAAUUUAAAUAAAAUUUUACCUCUGCGAAGAUCCUGUCGAUUUCUUCUAAUGUCAAUUUGACGGGUAAUCUAUCGGAAGACUGUUAGUUUCUCGGAUGCAGGAUCGACAAAAAUCUCUUCUGAUGUGGCGUGAGUCAUCUUGAAUAGAUCAGACAGAGAUGGUUAGACUCACGUCUUCUCAAGCUACAAACAGAAAGAAUAAAUAAAAUUAAACAUUAAAAUUAAAAUUAAUUAAUAAAUAUAGUUUUAAAAGAAUAAAAGUAAAUAUUACAAAUAAAACUUACAGCUUCUAGACGGAUCCUGGCAUGGGGUUUUUGUCCGGUUCUAAGAACCAUGGGAAAAUGACCAUUUUUAUCCUUCGUUCUUCGGGAAGUGGAGCACAAAUAAUGGAAGAAAUAUCUUCUCUUGGUUGCACAAUAUGAUUGGAGUGUUUUCAUGAAGUUGUUGGAUGACUUCUUUCUUGAAAGUACGUGUGCUAAGAUCUAUGAAGAAUGCUCUGAUGGCUGUAUAUUGCAAAAAUAACCAAAUUAAUAACAUUUCAUAACAUGUAUAUAUAUUAGUAAUUUAUAUGUACCUGCGAGUGCUUCAUGUACAUUUGUUGGAAGGAGCUCAGCAAAAACGAAUGGAAGUAAUCGUUGCAUAAACACAUGACACUCAUGAUUCUUCAUUCCUAAGAACUUUUGACCUCGUUCAACACAUCUUGACAGAUUUGAAACAUAACCAUCAGGGAACUUAACUUCUGAUACAAUAUAGUCAAACAAAGUGUUCUUCGCUUCUGGUGACAACCGGAAAAUGGGAACAUGAAUGUUUUCAUUGCUCUUGAUAUGUAACUCACUUUUUGAGCAGAUAUCAGGUAAGUUCAUCCUUGACUUUUUGUUAUCUUUUGUUUUCCCUGGGACGUUCAAUAUUGCAUUCAUGAUGUUGACGUUCUUCUCUAUAUGCAUCACAUCUAAGUUGUAAAAGAAGAUCCUUCCAGUAAAGCAGCUCUCAAAAUAUACUCUUUUUAUGCCAAUUGUGAGCGACUCCAUACCCAUCAGGCAUAUAUCCAGGAAGAUGCCAGUUUCCCCCACGCUUAACAGUUUCCUCAGCUCCGUAAUAAUCAAUUUCCGCUUCGAUUUGUUAGCCAGUAAGAUAUGGGGAGGAUUGUCUCUCACAACUUUUUUGUACCUAAACAAUAUCUUAUUUCUUCUGUAAGGAUGAGAAAGAGGAAGAAAUCGACGAUGACAAUCAAACCAACAGCUCUUCCUACCAUUCUUCAGUUGAAAAGCAUUUGUCAAUCCAAGACAAUUUGGACAAGAUAACCUUCCAUGUGUUGUCCAGCCAGACAACAUCCCAUAGCAGGAAAGUCACUUAUUGUCCACAGUAGAACUGCUCGUAUUGUAAAAUUGUUUUUCAUGGAACAAUCAUACGUCCUCACCUCGUCUGACCACAAGUCUUUUAGCUCUUGUAUCAAUGGUUGAAGAAAAACAUCUAGCGACCAUUUUGGAUGCUUCGGCCCACGGAUUAAUAUGGUCAAGAAUAUAAAUUCUUGUUCCAUACACAUUUCCGGCGGCAGGUUGUACAGCGUAAGAAUGAAUGGUCACAAAGAAUAUUGUCUCCCAGACAUUCUAAAUGGACUAAAUCCAUAUGUGCAUAAUCCAAGAUAGACAUUCCGAAUAUUUCUAGCGAAAUCUGGGUGUACCAGGUUGAAAUAUUUUCACGCUCUUGCAUCUGAUGGAUGAGCGACCUCGCCAUCCCUCUGUACAUGUUCAGCAUGCCACCUCAUCGCUGCAGCAGUUCUCUCAGAUUGAUAUAAUCUUUUCAACAUGUCUGUAAUUGGUAGGUACCACAUUCUUUGGAACAAUACCCUAUUCCUCCCACGUCCUUGCGGUUUGAAUCGUGGUUUCUUGCAGAAUUAUCACUCUUCUAGCUUCUCAUCGUCCUUCUAGUAGAUCAUGCAGUUGCCGAUACAAACAUCUACUAUCUCCGAAGGCAACCCAAGACUAUAAACCAAUUUUUGAAUCUCAUAAUAAGAUUCAGCUGACACGUUGUCUUCUGGCAAAUAAUCUUUAAACAAAUCCGCCAAUGCAUCCAUGCAAUUCUCAGGUAAAUUAUGAUUCAUUUUAAUAUUCAUCAUCCUACCUGAUAGAGAUAAUUUAAUGAGACCUUCUCAACAACCAGUGUAGAUUGGUUGAUUUGCAGCAUCUAGCAUUUUAUAAAACUUUUUUGCAUCCAAAUUAGGUUCUUCUACAUUUCCAGUUUCAUCAGCUAUUGUUGUAG